GCAUCUCAGUGUCAAAUCCUUGCUUUGCGCCAACCACGUCCAUUAUCCCCCUUCCACCCCCACGACGCCGGCGCUCUGGUGGCUCCGCUGCUGCCGAACCUCGCGCAUUGAUCCUUCACGAUACGCAGUCGUACAUCCUGCUAGCCAAGACCUUGUACAGCAGUGGUGCUACUGAUCUUGUGACAAGCAUUCGACGAGUAAAAAGGCGAACAGCAUACGCUCUGCAGCCACAGAUCAGCAUCUACCAGUGCACACGCAUAGGACUGCACAGCGAUAACCAAGCGCUGUCUGCCACCCCAAUAGACGUCAUCGGUCACUUCUCGAUCGAGGUGUAUCUGUUGCAUAAAGGCGUUUCGUCCAACCUCACACCUUGAUGUCGGUUGAUCUACGUCAAGCUUUUACUUCCUUGCGCUACCCUAAUCGAGUCGAAACUGUCUCGAGAUCUCAACUGUCCAAAGUCCACACAGGAGAUAGUAACCGCCCAGCUGAAACGUAGACCUUAGUCGAGAGAGAACAAAAAGCAGUGUUAUUCGAACUGAACUUGUAGUGUUCUUAUUCAAGUGAUUGAUCAGCUUGGCAAUUCCGCCUCGAACCCUCUCGAAUCGACACGCUGGCGUAUUCGACGACUGCCCCAAUCAUCAAACGAAGCGGCAGAUCUCAUCUGAAUACUAGUAGAGAUUUACAGAGUAAACCGCAAUUAUGGCGACGAGAACGUUUGGGCCCAUGCAACCUAUUGCUUACAGCUUUGUCGAGCCAAAGUCCGGGCUGAAGUCUGCAACCAUUCAGAUCAAUGACGUCCCUACUGCCUUCAAACUGUUGAAGCAGAAGCCGGCUACCACAGCAGUACCCCCCCUCGCAGAUGGUGUGCGUGUUGUCACAGCUGCAGAGUACAAACAAGCAGCAGCCUGUCUUGCAGAGGCCUUUGGUGAAGACGAUGUCGCGCGCUACUUCAUUGACGUGCCUGACCGUGAGCACUGGACUGAGGAGGAGAAAUGGGCUCUGCAUGUCGAGAUUCUUGAAUAUAUUACGUAUGCUCACAUUCUCAAGGGGCUCGUGACGACCGUCGGAGACUUUGAAGGGGUUGCUCUGUGCGGUAUGUGGAGACUCAACUACAGACUGUCAGCAGAAGGCAAACGGCGGUUCUUCGACGAGUUCCUGCCUCUGCUCCAUGACACGAUGCAUACUACACUGGGCAAGCGUGAAGACGAGGCUUGGUAUCUUGUCUACAUUGGUACGAAGCACUCGGGUCGUGGCAAGGGACACGCGCGCAAGCUGAUCGAGCACGUAACAAAGCUGGCGGAUGGCGAAGGCAGAGCUUGCUACCUCGAGUCGAGCAAUGCUCGCAAUCCGCCGAUAUAUCGACGGUUUGGUUUCGAAGUGUGCCGCACGAUCCAGCUGCAGCGUGGUGGAAGGAACAUCCCACUAGACAUUAUGGUUCGAGAGCCGACGAGGCAGGAGAAGAAGACCAAGGGCAUGUACUAGGACUUGGUGGUGCGAGGAUAGUGAGCACUGCUUCAACACGGUCGCUCAAGCAGACUGAAUGAAGUGGGCUGAUGGCGUUUGGGGUCCUUCAACAGGACCAGGUUUGAUAGUUUCAAUGCGCUUUUCGCUUCUCACAAUGUCUGUAGAGAAUCGAACAAGGAAGUGCGAGAGCAAAGGCAAG